AUGUAUGAUGAAGCAGAAAUGAGCCGUCAGGAUGAUAUUUUAAUGGCUUAUAUGUCACGCGCAAUAGCCAUUAUUUUUACCUCUCCAAACAGGCGACAUUUAGCAGAGCAGCGUCCUCGCAAUGUCCCUGCUCUCCUGAUGCCCCAGUACCUGCGAGACAUGUACGGCAGACCCGACCAGUACGGCCAGGUCACAAGCCCCCGCUCCGAGCACUACGCGUCCACCCAGCUGCACGGCUACGGCCACAUGAACAUGAACAUGGCAGCGCACCAUGGGGCAGGGGCCUUCUUCCGUUACAUGAGGCAGCCCAUCAAACAGGAACUCAUCUGUAAGUGGAUUGAGCCCGAGCAAUUGUCAAACCCCAAAAAGUCCUGCAACAAAACUUUCAGCACGAUGCACGAGCUGGUGACUCAUGUCACGGUGGAGCACGUUGGAGGACCCGAGCAGUCCAAUCACAUAUGUUUCUGGGAAGAGUGUCCGAGAGAAGGGAAGCCUUUCAAGGCCAAAUAUAAACUUGUAAAUCACAUCAGAGUCCACACAGGUGAAAAGCCUUUCCCCUGCCCCUUCCCAGGCUGUGGCAAAGUGUUUGCCAGAUCAGAGAAUCUCAAAAUACACAAAAGAACUCAUACAGGUGAAAAACCAUUUAAGUGUGAAUUCGAGGGUUGCGACAGGCGCUUUGCAAACAGCAGCGACCGCAAAAAGCACAUGCAUGUGCACACUUCCGACAAGCCCUAUCUCUGCAAAAUGUGCGACAAGUCCUACACGCACCCCAGCUCCCUCAGAAAGCACAUGAAGGUCCACGAGUCGUCCUCGCAGGGCUCACAGCCCUCUCCCGCCGCCAGUUCAGGCUACGAGUCCUCCACGCCUCCAACGAUCGUGUCUCCAUCCACAGAAAACCAGACCGCCAGCUCCUUAUCCCCUUCCUCCUCCGCAGUUCACCACACGUCCAGCCACAGCACGCUCACGUCAAAUUUUAACGAAUGGUACGUGUAAAACGCUAAAACAAAACAACAGAAAAAAAAAAAAAACGAAACAAAACACCCCCCCCAAGCGAGCAAACAAAUACCCUAUUUAAAAGACUCCAAAAAUAAUGAACACUUUGAAAUCAGAAUUUUAAAAAGCAAACA